AUGAAGAAAGACAUGUGCUACUUUUUAACUUUGCUGGUGCUCUCCUACCUGUUCUGGGAUGGAUCAUCCACGGAUAUCGUCUUGUAUUAUGCCGUGCACCAUGGACAACGAUAUGGGAACGUAUCCCGGCAGUUCAAAGCGGAUGACAUUGGGCAAUGCAACAUGGAAUGUUCGAAGGACAACCCCUCCCGGCCUUGCUUUGCUUUCAACUUCAGGGAAAAUGAUGGAUUCUGCAAGCUCAUUCACAACGAGAGGAGCGAUCUCGUUCCCUCAGAGGAGUACUUAGCAUUUGCUCAAUGGGCAUGUUUUCUGAAGCAGAGGAGGGUUGACUGUCAACCCUGGUCUCUGGGACAGAGCUUAGUACUUCACAAGUAG